ACAACCCCACACUGGCCUAGGGCUGACAUCAGCGUAAAUUUCCAAAUGCCCGCCAAACUUCCUGCCCGGCUCUGCGCUCCGCUCGUCAUUCCUGCCCGGCUCUGCGCUCCGCUCGUCAUUCCUGCCCGGCUCUGCGCUCCGCUCGUCCUCCCUGCUCGGCCGACCAAGCCGAGCCCGAGCCCAACGACAAUGACAUGCGGAAAGUGACGUUCAACGGAGACUUGAGGAAAGCGAUAGGAUGAAAGGGACAAGACGGGCGGAAAAUGACGUUCAACGAAGACUUGGUGAAAGCGAUAGGAUGAAAGGGACAAGACCUAAGGACAGUUAUUGCGUUGUGGGGCCUACUUUGCAGAGAAGUGUGGGUGGUUCAUCUUCUUCCGAAAGAAAUCUUGACGCUAAGACGUUGAGGCGUUUAGCUCAAAAUAGAGAAGCAGCCCGAAAAAGCCGCCUAAGAAAAAAGGCCUACGUACAGCAACUAGAGACGAGUAGGGUACGGCUGGCUCAGCUAGAACAGGAACUUGAGAUGGCUCGGUCCCAGGGGAUUUUCGUCGGAGGCGGUCCGGCUGUCGGUGCAACCAUUAGUCCUGGGGCUGCAAUGUUCGACAUGGAGUACGGAAGGUGGCUGGAGGAGGACGAGAGGCACAUGUCCGAGCUCAGAACGGCGAUGCAGUCGCACUUGUCGGACGAGGAUCUGCGGGUGGUCGUGGACGGGUACGUCUCCCACUACGACGAGAUCUUCCGGCUCAAAUGCGCCGCCGCAAAAUCCGACGUCUUCCACCUCAUCACCGGAAUGUGGCUGUCCCAGGCCGAGCGCUGCUUCCUCUGGAUCGGCGGUUUCCGACCCUCCGACCUUAUCAAGAUGCUGGUGGGGCAGUUGGACCCGUUGACGGAGCAGCAGGUGAUGGGAAUAUACAGCCUGCAGCACUCGACGCAGCAGACGGAGGAGGCACUGGCCCAGGGCCUGGAACAGCUCCAGCACUGCCUUAUCGACACCAUCUCUUCCUCCGCCGCCGCCCUCAACCACCACAUGGCCGCCAUCGCCCUCGCCAAGCUCUCCAAUCUCGAGGGCUUCAUCCGUCAGGCGGAUAACCUGAGGCAAGAGACGAUUCACCAGCUGUGCCGGAUACUGACGGUGAGACAGGCGGUGCGGUGUUUCUUGGCCAUCGGAGAGUACUACGCCCGCCUCCGUGCUCUCAGCUCCCUAUGGGCUUCUCGUCCCCGCGCCGAGACAACAACCUUGUUGAUGGUUGAUGAUGGAGGGGCAUGCCAUGGAAAGAUGGUCAUGGAACAGCAAAUGGCGCCGUCCACUACUGAUCAGAACCACUUCCGCAGCUUCUGAAUAUAUAUAUAAUCCUCUUUGAGUUUUAAGU